AUGACAACCAUUGUUGAGAAACGUGGGGGCCAGACGAUUUACCGUUCCCCCGACACCAUUGAGCUCCCCAAAGUCGAUUUGCUUACUUUCCUAUUUGAUCACCCAAACGAAAGGCUACAUGAUGACACCGUCCUCCACGCAGAGGCCGCUGAUCCGUCCAAAUGUAUAACCAAGGCACGAUUGGUGACUACUCUCAAACAGCUCGCUCACACUCUACGCCACAAAUAUGGCAUUCAGAAAGGCGAUGUCGUACAAGUCAUCUUCACCGGCCACUAUAUGGCGCCUGCCGUCUUCUACGGCAUCAUGGCCGCGGGAGGCUCUGUUGCAGCUUCUACUCCGUCAUCCUCGCCUCCAGAAAUCGCCCGCCAGAUCAAUCUUACCGAGAGUAAAAUGAUCAUCUGCAGCCCUGACCUUAAAGAACUCGCUGCCGCAGGUGGGACGGCUGCAGGGUUGCCUGAAGAUCGCAUCCUUUACAUCGGUGACAGCCAUGAUUUCCGGCUUUUUGAAGCCAAGUCGCAGAAGCAGGUUCCAGUUUCUAAAGAGCAACUGGAAUGGCCGCGUGUCACAGAUCAACACACGCUGGAAAACACGGUCGGCUGCUUCAUAUACAGCAGCGGUACUACUGGUGUUCCUAAAGCAGUCAAGAUAUCGCACGCAAACAUGAUUGCUCAGACCAUGGUCAUAUCAACUCCGACCAUCAAUUACUAUAAGACCCGCCCUGGGAUGGAGUUCAGAACGCUUGCUCAUCUCCCAGCAGCACACAUAUCGGGUUUGCAGGCGUACAUCGUGAACCAAACAUACAUGGGCGGCACUGUCUACUGGAUGAAGAAGUUCAACUUUGUGGAAUUUCUAGACUACAUGAAGAAGUACAAGAUCACCAGUUUCUUCAGUGUUCCGCCCAUCUAUCUUAUGAUUACAAAGUCUCCGCUCGUCAAAGACCAGUUUGACAAUGUGGAAUUUGCCCUCACCGGUGCCGCAGCAUUAGGUCGAGAAACUCAGAUAGAAGCGCAGAAGAGGCUCGGCAAAGGGAAAGGUAUCCUUGGCCAAACGUGGGGUCUAAGCGAAACAACUGGCGGUUUCACCAUUCUUCCUCGACACCUGACCGAUGACACUGGUAGUGUGUCUAUGAUAGUAGCCAACUGCGAAGCUCGGUUGGUGGAUGAGGAUGGCAAAGACGUCGAGGUCGGCCAACCAGGCGAGAUGUGGUGCAGGGGCCCCAUUGUUACGAAGGGAUACUAUAAGAACGACAAGGCAAACCAAGAGGCUUUUGUCGACGGUUGGUUCUGCACCGGCGAUAGACUUUCUUUCAAGGACGGCAAGUUUUACUUUGUCGACCGCAAGAAGGAACUCAUCAAAUACAAGGGAUUCCAAGUUGCUCCCGCGGAGCUGGAAGCCCUUCUCGUUACACACCCAAAGAUCCAGGACGCAGCUGUAAUCGGCGUCGAAGGCGAAGGCACGGAACUUCCGAGGUACGUGGCAGCGAAUGCGAUCCCCAUCCUACCAAGCAGUUUCUGA